AUGGCAUGGCUUGCGGGGGCUGACACUCCGUCGACGUCGAAUGGCAUCUCCGCGAUCUUCCGCAGGGAUCCUUCCAAGAAGCUGAUGCAGCAGCAGCAGCAGGAGCCUGCCAAGAAGGUGAGCUUCUCCCAGGUCGUCCCCAAGCCAGAGGAACAGGAUGAGAGGCCGCCCCCUCUGGACCCGACGAUGAUCGGUCAGGCCACGCUCGAGGAAAGCAGAGGCAGCUUCGGCGAGGAGCCCGAGGCCGAGGAUGGCAGCCGAUUCGAGCCUGUGAAGAUCCAGCGGGUCACCACGAACGACGUGAAGCGGGAGCUUUCGUUCAAGCGCCGGCAACGCCAGUCUGGCCCAAUGCCAACAGAAGAGACACUGGCGGCCUCGAAGAUGCACAUGCUGAAGAAGAAUCCCUUCGAAGAGCAGCUCGACGCAGCUUCGAAAAAAAGCUGCAUGGAGUCCUGUGGCGACGGGAUGAGGAUGAUGUUCUCCUUCCAAUCGGAAAGCAACGAGCCCUUGGUGAAUCGAAUCGCUGGAGGCUUCGUGUUCAAGACGCUGGCUAUGAUUGCCAUCGUCGCGAACGCCGUCUACCUCGGUUGGGCUGCCGACCAAAAUGUCCAAAACAGCUACCGGCGGCUGGAGGGCCGCUCGAAGCUGCCAGUCACAAGGGAUCCAGACAUCGCAUUCUUCUGCUGGUUUGCACUGGAAAUCUUGAUCCGCAUGGCGGCUGAGAGGUUGGCGUUCGUCACAGGUGACGAUGCGUGGUGGAAUCUCCUCGACUGCUUCCUGGUCGUAGAGUCCUUCGUGUCGUUGGUCUGGGACGUGCCCGCGACCUUGAGCUUUCUUCGUAUCCUUCGUGUUUUCCGGCUCAUCCGGAUCGUCCGGCUUGUCCGCACGGUACAGGCCUUGAGAAAACUUCGGACGAUGAUCUUCGCCAUGAUCAACUCCCUGGCAGAUCUUCUCUGGGCUCUGCAGGUGGUCUUCCUUAUUGUCUUUGUCUUCAGCCUGGUCUUCAACAAUGCAGUGGCGGCACAUUUCGACUCCCUGCAGGGCCUGAACGAUGAAGCGGAGACACUGAACGAGUACUACGGCACUUUGUUCCGCUCCAUGGUCUCGCUGUGGUGCGCAGUCAGUGGCGGCAACGAUUGGUUCCAAUACGCGGGAGUUCUUCAGAAGAUCAGCAUGGGCGACUUCUACUUCGUCAUGUUCAACUUCUACAUCGCCUUCUGCGUCGUCGGACUCUUCAACGUGGUCACAGGCGUCUUCGUCGACAGCGCAGUUUGCACCCGAACCGAAGAUGAGAUCGUGCAGGGCUACCUGGACGAGAUGAGAUCGAUGACCGAAUCCAUCAAGGGCUUCCUCAAGAAGGCCGACAAGGAUGCCUCCGGCACGCUGACCUACGAGGAGUUCCAAGCCCACAUGGCAAAUCCUGUCGUGAAGGCUUAUUUUUCGGGGUUGGACAUCGACCCGGACGAGACCAAGAUUAUAUUCACCUUGCUGGACUCGGACUGCAACGGUGAUAUAGACAUCGAAGAAUUCGUUCAUGGCACGAUGAAGCUGAAAGGGUAUGCCACCGGGCUGGCACGCAUCAUGGGGCCGCUUAAGGUGCUGUUAGAGAAACUGGUUGAAUCACCAUGA